AGAGAGAAGUUGUCUUGUGGAUGUCUGCUCUUCACAGACAGAAGAAAGCUCUGGAAGUCUUCGCCAGAGAGAUAGCACCUGCUGGCACAGGCAUGGCUCCAGGGCUCACAGGAAUCGUAGGUGGAAGACCCAGAGUGUCUCCUGUUCUGAAGCCCUUCUUCUUCCUGCAUCCCAAGUCCCUGCUGCAGGUGGACAUGCACAUUGGUGGAGAGCUGGUGGAGACCUUGAGGGAGGCGGAGCUAGAGCUGGAAGCCCCGCCCCCCCCCCCUGAAGACACGCCUCUUACAGAUCUCCCUAGUGGGUCUGUGAGUUAUCGUGUAGAGGACCUGGCUUACACGCGCAGUGGAGACAAGGGAGACUCUGCUAACAUAGGUGUGAUAGCGCGCCACCCUCUCUUCUUCCCCUACCUGAAGAAACACCUGACAGUGGCUGUGGUGCAGGAACACUUCAGUCACCUGAUAGAGCAGGACACACCCAACGCUGUCACACGGUACGAGCUGCCUGGGAUCCAUGGUCUGAACUUCGUGCUGCAGAGUUCUCUAGGAGGGGGAGGGGUGGCUUCUCUACGCAGCGACCCUCAGGGUAAGGCAUAUGGUCAGAUGCUGCUGGACCUGAAGCUGAAAGGCCUUCCUGAUCUCAAGUCACUGGUGGACUGAGGGGAGAGGAGGAGAUAAGGGGAUAAAUACGAGUUGGAUGGAGACACAGAGAGAGGGAAGAAAAAAGAAAUAACUCACAUUAGUGAGAGAGUGAAAGAAAGGUGUCAAGAUGAAAAGCAGAAUCGGAAUGGAAUCGAUUCUAGACCAGCUGAUUGCCUUCAAUGAUUAUGUGCCAAAUAAAAACAUAAUCAAUAACACUAAACCACUAAUGAUAAUAAUUAUGUUUCGAUGUGUGAGAGCUAGCUCACUGGUCCACCUCAAUAGAGGUUUAAACUGUGUGUGUGUGUGUGUGUGUGUAUUUGUACUGAACUACAUGGGUAUUAAAUGAAGAACGUCUAGCUACGGUUAGCUAGUUGUUAGCCUUCGCUAUGCUAAAGAGUGCCUUAUGUAAGCUAGCAUCAUGCUAGCCUGAGGAUAUGUGGAAGAACACAAGCUAGCUCAUGCUAAGCUGUGUUAGCUAGCAAUCCCUGCUAGAUUCAUCGCUAGCCUAAGCUCACUACUCAGGCCUUUAUGAAAUUACUAAAUGUGGAAAUAAAUAAGUUUAACUGUUUCACUGUU